ACCAUUCGGAAAAAAAUAAACAAUCAAACAGGUUUGCAGGGCCCUUGGUGGUUCAGGACUUGCUAGUUUUAUUUUCUUUUACUGUUAAUUCUUGUGUUAUUUAUUAGUUUAUUUCACUAUCCGGAACGAAUAUAUGUACCUAAGGCAAGUCCUGUUACCUGACCAGAAAAAUUGCGCAUUCAUAUCCCGUUUGAAGAAUAAUUUGGCAAUAGCACUUUCAACAUGGAGUCUCAAGAAUUCACAAGUUCCUUUCCCAGUUCCGGAUUCCUAAGCCCGGAUUUACGCGACGUCCUACUGGACGGAGUAGAUCCACAAAUUUUCCAGAUACUGGAUCAAUCUCAGGGAUACGAAAGCGUCUAUCCGAAAGUCGAGGACGCUUUACAAAAUGAGGAAAACACUAUGCCUCUAACCGAAAACUUCCAUUUCCCUAGCGACGUAUCGCCUCAGUUUCAUCCACUAAAAGCUAGCAAGCUACUUUCAAACGAAGAGUACGAAGGCCCUUACGACUUCGACGUUUUCAUCGUGCCAAACCCCAAAUCGAAAAACCCGUGGGUAUACUCGCCGUUCUUGAACAAAGUUUUCAUGGAUAUGAAUCAAGCUUUUCCAGUGGAGUUUCGUGUCAGAAAACGUCCAGAAACCCCACUGUAUGUUAGAAUUACGCCACAGUAUGCACAACAACAAUCCGCCAACGAACCUGUUUGUCGCUGUAUCAACCACGAACAUUACGCAGAUCCCACAAACAAAGAAAUACCUGAACACGUAAGACAGCACGUUAUCCGCAGUCAAAAUCCACAUGCCCAAUACCUGGGCAAUUCUAAUGAAAACGAGCGAUUAAGCAUCAUUCUGCCCCUGGAUAAGCCGCAAGUGGGCAACGAAACCACCACGGAACUUUUCCUUUUCGUGUGUAAAAGUACUUGUUCCUCUCCGGGGAUGAACCGAAGAGCCGUGGAAGUAAUUUUCACUUUAGAGGACCACCAGAGCCAAAUUGUUGGCCGUAAGUGCAUUAAAGUCCGCAUCUGCUCCUGCCCGAAACGAGAUAAAGAAAAGGAGGAAAAAGAACAAAUGAACGGCACCGGCCCUCCUAAAGGCAAAAAAAGGAAAGUUGAACAUCCUAUCCAGUCCGGCAAAGUACUGCCCAUGGGAGAAGAUACGAAUAUGUAUACCAUCAAGUUGAAUUUAACCGGUAAGCAGAAUGUACUAAAAGUUCUUGAUCGCGCGGAAGAGCUUUACUUGGCCAACGCGUACAAGCUGCGCGGAAGCCCUGAGGAGGACUUGAUGCGUAGAAACGUCGCAGAAAUUCAAGCGGAAAAACGGCGUUUGAUGUAAUUGCUCAUUUUUUUUAUUGUACCUAUUUACAUUAUUAUUUUUUUGUAGUUUAUAGUCGUGUCUACUUAUAUGUCGGUUUUUUGGCAGCACUCCUUAGUAUACAUUUAGUGCCAUUUUAAAUUUUAUAUGUUAAGAAUAUUUUGGUGCUCGCUGCAAUUUAUUGAAUGCUACACCAGAUAUUUUUGUAAUCCUUCAAGCCAUUCCAGGGAAUAAGUGCAACCUGUUUUUUUUUUUGUAAUAUUCUUCACAGAUUUCUCCUAGCGAUAUUAAGGCAUUAUAGGAUUUUAAGUACUAUACAGCAUUUCUAGUUAUAUUUUUAGUUUUUUUUUUGUGUUCAAUGAAAAUUCAAAGUGCCUUAAAUAUGUUCUUUUCGUAGAUUUUUAGUUGAGAGUGAUUGGAUGUAUUAGGGCAAUUAAACAACUAUGAAAAGAACUAUUACUUUUACUAAGUAAAAAUUUAAAAAACGUUGAAUGCUGGCCGUUCAUAGGUAAAAUUUUUGAUAUAUUAAAACCAAUGUCCAGUGCUUAUUAUAGCUUUGAUUACUAAGUUAUAAGUUUUAUUUUAUUUUCAUAUGCUUAGGUCUAUUUUUUUAUGUUUACGUAUGUUUACUUAUAUGCAAUAUUAUCUGUAGUAUUUAAGCCUAAUUAAACAAACUGAUGUAUUUUUGUUAUUAAAAUACAAAAAAUAUUUAAAAAAAACGUGCUUUUGUAUACCAAUGACAUUAUGUAAAUACACCAUUCUCUUUUCAACCUACCAACUCACUUGAAAUUAGUAGGGUGAAAAGUCAGAAUAUGCUUUACUAUAUGAUGGUAUUUCCUGAAAGAGCUUCCUGAAAUUUGUCUAUCUUUACUGGCACUUGCCCUUAACUUGUCUUUUUCUAGGGAAAGUUUUUCCUGUUGCCUUAAGUUUGCCAACACAAUACUGGUUCACAAGGGUGACUCUUCUGAUCCGUCCAACUAUAGACCAAUUUCAUUGCUUUCCACUUGGUCCAAAGUAGCAGAUGCUGUAUUCCACUUUAUGAGGGCUCUUCCUUAUUCCUUGAACCAGCGUAAGUCUUCGGCAGCGGUGUUGUGUGAUUUAUCAAAAGCGUUCGAUUGUGUCGGUCACAGAAUACUGCUGUCUAAGCUUAAUAAGUAUGGCUUCCAAGGUGUUGAUCUUGCAUGGAUUAAGUCUUAUCUAUCAGACAGGACACAGUCGGUCUCUAUCAAGGGCAGAGCAUCGAAAAGCAAAAUCAAUACUUGUGGUGUUCGUCAGGGAUCUGUAUUGGGACCAACUCUGUUCCUGAUUUAUAUCAAUGAUUUGCAAAACCUUGAUAUUUCAGGAGAGAUUGGAACUUCUCCUGAUGAUUGUACAGCACUGCGGUCACUGGACGUGGACAACCUUCUCGAUCUGCAAAAUAUUAUUGCUCUUGACGUUCAAAAGAUCAAGGAUUGGUGUGAUGCUAAUCAACUAUACAUGUCGUUAAAUUUAGAGACAAUCGCUUGAAAUCUAUUGCCAUUGAGACUCAAAUUUUGAAGCUUGUUGAAGAUUCUAAAUAUCUGGGUUUGAACAUAGAUUACAGGUUGAAAUUUGACUCCCAUGUGAGCUGUCUCAAUAGGAAGCUGGCUUCUGGUUGUUAUAUCGUGAAGGUAACUGACAAGGAACUUGGUCUUGUUAUUGCACGGACUAGUUAUUUUGCCUUGGUGAAAUCACGUUUAAGAUACCUCUAUUCCAUUCUGGGGUUUCCCUACCCAAUAUCUUUUUCAAUCCUCUUUUGCUCUACAAAAAAGAGCUGUUCGGUCAUUGUGUUUGGUACAUCCACGUACUCAUUGCAAACCACUAUUCAUUGAAAAUAAAAUCCUCAUUCUAUACCAACUAUUUUUGUUUUGGAAACAGUGUGUGUUCACAAACAUCUUUCUUAUUUCCCAAAUGCCCAAACUUAUCAAACACGCCAGGAACAUGAAUUAUGUUAACCUAUUCCUCACUUUAGUUACAUAAAGGACCCCACUAUUUAUAUGGGCAUUAAAAUGUAUAGCCACUUGCCAUUAUUCGUUAAUUGUAUUGAGAAUUUGAGUGCAAAAACCUUUUAAUUCGCCACGCGUUUUAUUCUGUUGAUGAAUAUUUUUUGUUUAAUCUCGAGUAGCGUCUAGCCUCUAUAGGGUUUUUAAGAUGCUGUAAUUUGAUCAACAAUUAUAUAAAAUCUUUCUGUCAUUGUUAACUGUUGCUAUCCUUGUGAGUUCUAUAAAAUUUUGUUGUUUUAUUGUAUAUCUUAUAGAACUUAAUAUUGUAGAUAUGUCUUUUAAGCUUUGUUAAUAAGAAUUAUAUAUGUUGUAGUUCUUGAACAAUAAAGUAUUUUAUCUAUCUAUCUAAGAAUUCCAUAAGAUAUAAGGGAACUUUUUUUUUGUUGUAAAAUGACAGUUUUUGCGAGUGAAAUAACAGCUCCCGGUAUUUGCUUUUAAAAAAACAAUGCUUUUGAUAACGUUACAGCUAACUUACAAGUUAAGUUGAAUGAGUCUCAAUCUAAUUAAUAAAUAAAAUAUAAUAUAACACAAGGUCGGCAUAAGGUAGCGGGUUAAAUACCCGCGUAACUCACUAAGAGAUGAGCCCUGAGGUAAAUUACAUGACAAUAGGGCUUAGACUCUGUAGGGUUUUCUCUUCGUCGUUGACAAUUACGGUAGGUAAUUGCUCAUUUUUUUUAAUUGUACCUAUUUACAUUAUAAUUUUUUUGUAGUUUAUUUUGCCUACUUAUAUGUCGGUUUCUUGGCAACACUCGUUAAUAUACAUUUAGUGCCAUUUUAAAUUUUAUAUGUUAAGAAUAUUUUGGUGCUCGCUACAAUUUAUUGAAUGCUACACCAGAUAUUUUUGCAAUCCUUCAAGCCAUUCCAGGGAAUAAGUGCAACCUGUUUUUUUUUGUAAUAUUCUUCACAGAUUUCUCCUAGCGAUAUUAAGGCAUUAUAGGAUUUUAAGUACUAUACAGCAUCUAUACUUUCGUAGAUUUUUAGUUGUGAGUGGUUGGAUCUAUUAUAGCAAUUAAACAGCUAUGAAAAGAACUGUAUUACUUUUACUAAGUAAAAAUGAAAAAACGUUGAAUGCUGGCCGUUCAUAGGUAAAAUUUUUGAUAUAUUAAAACCAACGUCCGUCCAGUGCUUAUUACAGCUUUUCAAUACUAAAUUAUAGGUUUUAUUUUAUUAUAAUAUGUUUAGGUCUAUUUUUUUAUGUUUACUUAUAUGCAAUAUUCUCUGUAGUAUUUAAGCCUAAUUAAGCAAACUGAUGUAUUUUUGUUAUUAAAAUACAAAAAAUAUUUAAAAAAAAAA